CAAUUGCGCCAACGACAAUAUCACAAACUAUUCACGAUGGCUUCGGUGUACAAGUCAUUGUCGAAGACCAAUGGUCACAAGGAAGAUGGGCCUGCAAAUGGCGUCAAGAAGAAUAAGCAAAGAGUAUUGAUUCUCUCCUCGAGAGGAAUCACUUACAGACAUCGGCAUCUCCUUAAUGACCUCGCAUCCCUUCUCCCUCACGGCCGCAAAGAUGCGAAACUCGAUACGAAAUCAAAACUCUACCAACUGAACGAGCUUGCAGAGUUAUACAGCUGCAAUAAUGUAUUUUUCUUCGAAGCACGAAAAGGCAAGGAUCUUUACCUUUGGAUGAGUAAAGCACCCAAUGGCCCGACAGUGAAAAUGCACAUGCAGAACUUGCACACGAUGGAAGAACUCCACUUCACAGGCAACUGCCUCAAAGGCUCUCGCCCUAUUCUCUCAUUCGACGCGAAAUUCGAUUCCGAGCCACACCUUCGAGUCCUCAAAGAAUUGUUCCUACACAUCUUCGGCGUCCCAAAAGGUGCUCGGAAAUCAAAACCGUUCAUAGAUCACGUUAUGGGCUUCACUCUCGCAGAUGGCAAGAUCUGGAUCCGGAAUUAUCAAAUCAACGAGACUGAGCCUUCGAAGGUUGUACCUGCAGACUCUGAGGAUGCGCCAAAAUCGAAAGAGAAGUCGAGUGGGAAGAGCAAGGAGACGGAAAUCAGUCUUGUGGAAAUUGGGCCAAGAUUCGUGUUGACGCCUAUUGUGAUUCAAGAAGGUAGCUUCGGCGGACCGAUUAUCUACGAAAAUAAGGAGUUCGUGAGCCCGAACCAAGUUAGAAGUGAGAUUAGGUUGAAGAAAGCUGGACGAUAUAAUGCCAGAGCUGAGCAGGGUAUUGAGAGACUGGCUAAGAAGGGCGAGUUGGGGUUGAGGACGAGUGGAGGAAGAGCUGCGAAAAAGGACGAGCUGGACACUGCGGAGCUGUUUGCUUGAUUUGUCUCACUGGCAUGGUUUGGUGUUUGGUGUUGGUUGGGACAUUGUGAGGUUAUGGUAGAGAAAAUGUACAGCUUUCUAUUCAACCUCUGAAGAGGCGUGAGGUUCUCGCAGUAUCUCCUUCCAACCCUUCCGAUAAUUUCUGCAUUUACAUUCUUAGUCUCGUUGGGUGGCAAGCCAUGGCUAAAGUCCCAAGCACCUCCCUGUAAUUCGGG